CAGCACGAGCGGCAGGCUCGGCGGGAGGCGGCGGGAGCAGAGAGCCCCGCCAGCCGUCCCAGCGCCUCGAGCAGCGCCCUCGCCGUGAUCCUCGCGCUGCUGCUCGUGACGGUCGUCUCUGGCUGGCGCGCGUGGCGGCAGCGGCGAGCACCCAGGAGGCAGAGAGGGAAGCAGCCCGCGGAGAGAGCGUUCCGGGAGCGGGCUAGGAGGCGGGCUGAAGCGAGGGCGACGGCGGCUGAAGCGAGGGCGACGGCGGCGGCGGCGGCAGCGGAAUCCGCGGCGGCGGAGCAAGCAGAGGCAGACGGGAGGGAGGGAGAGGGGCAGCAGACUGGCGGUUCGCCCGACUGGGUCACCGUCCAGCAUCUGCCGCAGACGUCGACGGCAGAGGGCUGGCAGGCGAGGGAGCCGCUCAGUGAUCCGGCAUCCGAUGGAGCUAGCGAGGCGGGAUUGGCGCACGGCGGUCGCUCCACCCCCUCAGCACCGCCUCACCCUGAGAUCCUCUCGCUGGCGGCCGCUACCUUCGACACCGGCCGUCGAGACGCGCCCGAGUCCACAAUAGGUGGCGAGACUACGUGUAUC